UCUGCAAGUUGGCACAUGAAGAAAUCCUUUCUUUGCAUUUAUAGAUCUCUUUGACGAUUCACCCUUUUAAGUCAAUCUUAAGCCUCAGUUUGAUUCCCAUUCAAAAAAUUCGUUUCCUGCCUAACUAGUAUGCAUGGGAUGGUAAAACUGAGACGAGAUGGGUCAUGGGUACUCUCUCAUCCUAGGUUUUGGACUUUAUAGACUUCUGUAUAAGAUAGUGGCCAAUUGUUUCUUGUCAUCAUACUAUGAGCUGACAGGUCAACUUUUAGUUUUGAUCUUGUGAAAGAUUCAAAGCAUGAGCAUCCCCUUUUCUCUUUCUUGCUUGUUUUGACAGGAUGGGCUCGUCAUAUGUGUUCCAUUGGCUAAGACUUGUAGGGUCAAUCAUUGAUUGAGAGCUUAAUUUAAUUCGAGCUUUUUUCGUAUCAGUUUCAAGCAUUUCUGUAACGAUGGCGUGCAAAAAUAUCAGUCCAUGCAUAUUCAUAGUUUGCUCUGUUGUGGUUUCUGUUCUCUCUGCUGAACCAAGCUUGGAAGCUGAAAUUGAGGCCUUGAAGGCUUUCAAGAAUGCCAUCACGCAGGACCCUUUAGGAGCACUUGCUAAUUGGACUGAUGCAAGCCAUCACUGCAAUUGGUCUGGUGUUACCUGUGCCCCUUCCUCAAAUCUUGUCGUUUCCAUUUCUCUAGUUGACAAGCAGCUCCGAGGCCAGAUAUCUCCAUUUCUUGGAAAUCUCUCAGCUCUCCAGGUUCUUGAUUUGACUUUAAAUUCAUUUACUGGGCACAUUCCACCUCAGCUGGGACUUUGCUCCCAGCUAACAGAUCUUACUCUUUAUGAAAAUUCUCUUUCAGGUCCAAUUCCAGCAGAAUUAGGAAACCUUCAAAAUCUGCAUUCUGUAGAUUUAGGUGAUAAUUCCUUGAAUGGAAGUAUUCCUGAAAGCAUUUGCAUUUGCACCUCCUUGCAAGCGCUUGGUAUCGUUUUUAACAAUUUGACUGGACCAAUACCCAGAAACAUAGGGAACUUGGUUAACCUGCAACUUUUUGUGGCAUUUGGAAACAAAUUAGAGGGUUCAAUACCUGUUUCAGUUGGAGGGUUGCAAGCUUUGCAAGCUUUAGACCUGAGUGUAAACAAUUUGUAUGGAGCAAUACCUAAAGAGAUAGGGAACUUGUCCAACUUAGAGUACCUUCAGUUGUUUGGGAAUUCCCUUGUUGGGGAAAUCCCUCCUGAACUAGGCCGCUGCAAGAACCUUGCUCAUCUCGAACUAUACAGCAAUCAGCUCUCUGGAGCCAUUCCCUCUGAGCUUGGAGAUUUGGUGUAUUUAGAAACGCUGCGGUUGUAUCAAAAUAGGCUAAAUUCCACAAUUCCACUCUCCUUAUUCAAGUUGACUUCAUUAACCAAUUUAGGCCUCUCAGAAAAUCAGUUAACUGGAAUAGUACCUCCUGAGAUAGGAUCAUUGCGGUCAAUGCAGGUAUUGACGCUACAUUCAAACAAGUUCACAGGAGAGAUACCUUUGUCAAUAACAAACCUGUCAAAUUUAACAUACCUGUCUAUGGGCAUGAAUUUCCUCACAGGGGCACUUCCAUCAAGUAUAGGAAUGCUUUACAAUUUGAGGAACCUUAGCCUGAACUACAACCUUCUUGAGGGAACCAUUCCUUCUAGUAUCUCCAAUUGCACCCAACUUAUGCACAUAGAUUUAUCUUUUAAUAGAAUUACUGGGAAACUUCCCUGGGGUUUGGGUCAGUUGCAUAAUUUAACGAAGCUAUCUCUUGGACCAAAUCAAAUGUCUGGGGAAGUACCUGAUGACCUUUACAAUUGCUCCAACCUUGAAUCCUUGAGUUUGGGAGAGAACAAUUUCAGUGGAUUGCUUAAGCCAGGAAUUGGCAAGCUCUAUAAUCUCCGAACUUUCAAAGCUGGGUUCAAUUCGUUCACAGGUCCAAUUCCACCAGAAAUUGGCAAUUUGAGUCAGCUGAUCACUCUAUCACUUUCUGGAAAUAGGUUUUCAGGCCUCAUUCCACCAACAUUAUCCAAGCUUUCUUCUAUCCAAGGGCUUGCCUUCCAAAGCAAUGCUCUAGAAGGUGCAAUGCCGAAGAAUAUUUCUGAACUGAAACAUUUAACUGUUCUCAUGCUGGGGCUCAACAGGCUCACAGGUCCAAUUCCAGAUUCUGUCUCAAAACUUGAAAUGCUUUCACACUUGGACCUGCACAGCAACAUGCUAAAUGGGUCCAUUCCUACAAGUAUGGGGGCUCUUAAUCGACUAAUGUCUCUUGAUAUAUCUCACAACCAUCUCACAGGAUCAAUUCCUGGAUCUAUGGUUUCCAGCAUGAAAAGUAUGCAGAUUUUUCUCAACUUGUCAUACAAUUUAUUGCGGGGAAACAUUCCAGUUGAGCUAGGAAUGUUGGAAGCCGUACAAGCCAUUGAUCUCUCGAACAACAAUCUUUCAGGAGUCAUUCCUGAAACACUUGGAGGCUGCAGAAACUUGUUCUCUCUUGAUCUGUCAGGGAACAAACUCUCUGGUCUAAUUCCAGCUACACCUUUCAGUCAGCUGAGUGUGCUUACGAGCAUGAACCUUUCGAGGAAUGAGUUAGAUGGUCAAAUCCCUGAAAGUUUGGCAGAUCUGAAGCAUCUAACAACCCUAGACCUUUCUCAGAACCAGCUGAAGGGCAAAGUACCUGAGAGCUUUGCCAAUCUUUCCUCCUUGAAGCAGCUUAAUUUGUCUUUUAAUCAACUUGAAGAUCAAGUUCCUGAGACUGGUAUAUUCAAAAACAUAAAUGCUUCCAGUUUGAUUGGUAACCCUGGCCUCUGUGGAUCCAAGUCUCUACGGCCAUGCAGCAAGAGUUCACAUUCCUUGUCCAAGAAAACAUUAUGGAUUCUGAUUUCACUUGGACUGGUUUUCACACUUCUCAUUUUGGUGGUAGUGAUUUCAUUGCUGCUCCAAUGUGCUAGAAAGUCUAAAGCAGAACUUAUUGAAAAUGAAGAACCAGAAUUCACUUCAGCAUUGAAACUCAUAAGGUUUGAGCCGAUGGAAUUAGAAAAUGCUACUAGUUUCUUCAGUGAAGAUAACCUAAUUGGUGCCAGCAGUUUGAGCACCGUUUACAAGGGUCAAUUGGAAGAUGGACAGAUUGUAGUUGUAAAGAAACUGAAUUUGCAGCAGUUCCCUGCAGAAUCUGACAAGAGCUUCUACAGAGAAGUCAAAACAUUGAGCCAUUUGAGACACAAGAAUUUGGUGAAGGUACUUGGUUAUGCCUGGGAGAGCACUAAACUAAAGGCUUUAGUUCUUGAAUACAUGCACAACGGGAGCUUGGACAGCGUCAUCCAUGACCCUCGUGUUGGUCAAUCAAGGUGGACAUUAACCGAGAGAAUCGAUGUCUGUAUUUCAAUUGCAAGUGGGCUGGAUUACUUGCAUUCUGGAUAUGACUUCCCCAUUGUUCACUGUGACUUGAAACCCUCUAACAUUCUGUUGGACAGUAAUUGGGUUGCUCAUGUUAGCGACUUUGGAACAGCUCGCAUACUGGGCGUUCAUCUUCAGGAUGGAAGUAGCCUUUCCUCUUCAUCAUCGGCUUUCCAAGGCACCAUCGGCUACUUGGCGCCAGAAUUUGCGUACAUGAGGAAGGUAACAACAAAAGUAGAUGUGUUCAGCUUUGGGAUUAUAGUGAUGGAGUUCCUAACAAAACGAAGGCCAACCCAGAUGACAGAAGAGGAUGGACUGCCAAUCAGUCUGAGUCAAGUAAUUGAGAAAGCCCUUGGCAAUGGCAUCAAUGGACUUCUUCAAGUUUUAGACCCCAUGCUUGCCAAGAAUGCUUCCAAUGAGCAAGAAACAUUGGCAGACCUCUUAAAGCUUUCCUUGAUCUGUACCAACCCAAAUCCUGACUGUCGACCCAACAUGAAUGAGGUGCUGUCUUCCCUCAAGAAGCUGAGGGAAAGAUAAAGUCCAAAUUGCAAUGAUCUUGAUAAUGAAUAUCGCAUGAGAAUAAAACUAAAUAAUAUUGUGUAAUAGUGUUUGAAUUUCAUUGAAAUGCAUUUAUUGUUUUGGAUGGGAAAUAAA